AUGCCUAAAUCAAUGCAUACAAGUAUAAUUCGAAACGAAGUAAAUGAUAUUAAACCAAUUUUCCCUCCUAUUUUGACAGAAGAUGAACUCAUUAAGAAUGCUAUUAAAUCCAAUUCAUCCAACAACAAAGCUAAAACACUUCCGAACGCCUUUAUCGCGUACAGAAUGGCUUUACAAAAGGAAUAUCAUAAUAAAAAUAUCAAGUUACCUCCAAUGAAUCAAUUAUCAAUAAUAGCAAAAAAUGCUUGGGAAAAAGAACCGAAAGAAGUAAAAAAAUUUUACAAAAAUCUAACUGAGGAAGCUAGGUCUCUGUAUAAUCAAAAAACUCUUCAAAUCGUAUUUGAUAAACACAUGAAUGAAGUUGAACAUGAUCAAGGAAGAGGGCAAUUUUCGCCUCUACAUGUGAAGGAUGUAACUUUUGAAGCAGAUACGGGUUAUUUCUAUAAUACCCAAAAUAGAAACGUUGAGAAUAUGAUCCAUACGCGACAUUCAUCCAGUGGAUUUUUUACGAUUGAAGACUCUACUGUCGGUACUAUAGAUCCAUGUUCUGGUAACGGGUCAACUAGCAUUUCUCAAGUUGGAACUUAUCCCAAACAUAACUUUUUAGAAAAUCCUAACAAUCAAGAGUAUAAGCAAAUGCUGGUGCAAAUUAGUUUCAAUUUAUUUAUACACGAAUUACGUCAAAAUUAUGAUUUUUAA